GUGUUUUGGGUGUUUUUGGGGGGUCCCGGCACGCAGCGAGCCCCGCUCGGGUGGGGAUGGCGGCGCUGCCUCCGCGAGAGUUCGCGGCGCAGGUGCUGCCCGGCUGCGUGGUGCCCACGGCGCGCCAGGGCCUGGCCCAGCUCUGGCCACUGCUGCUGCUCUGCCUCGGGGCGCGGCUGCUGCACCGGCUGCCGCUGCCGCGGGGCGGGAAGCACGCGGGGGCGGCGGCCGGGGGGCUCCUGGCCCUGCACCAUUUCUUCGGGGCCCAGGCGCUGUGGGUGGCGCUGCUGAGCGGGCUGUGCGUGCUCACCCUGCUGCUGAGCCGGGCCCGCGCCCACCGCGGCCUCUGCCUGGCCCUGGCCGCCCUCAGCUACCUGCUCAUGGGGGAGCUGCACAUGGUGGACACGGUCACGUGGCACAAGAUGCGAGGGGCGCAGAUGGUGGUGGCCAUGAAGGCCGUGUCGCUGGGCUUCGACCUGGACCGGGGCACGGGCGGGGCCGAGCCCAGCCCCGCGCAGGUGCUGGGGUACCUGUGCUCACCUGGAUCGGUGGUGUUCGGGCCCUGGGAGCCCUUUGGGAGCUACCUGAGAGCUGUGGAGGGACCACCCCUGAACUCCAUUAACCCCACUGACCUCAUUAACCUCUGA